UUAAUUUAAUUAUAGCCUCUCCUCUUCAAUUGCCCACCUAAUCAUUCUGUCCUGUUUUAGAGCUCCGGUCAUUGGAGUUAGAUUAAAGAGCAGCUGUUGAUUCUUGCCUGUCUGUGUGUCUUCUUCUUUCUCUCUGAUUGAUUUGUCUGAGAAUUUGCUUUUUGUCGUUGAGCUGCAGCAAUUGCAAGUUGUCAAAGCUGGGUUUUUUAUUUUUCCAGUCCGUCCACUGUUUAGAUGAUUGUGACUGAGGUUUGAUCAUGCACUAGUGAGAUUCCUUCUGCCCUGCAUAUAUAGCUACAUCUUGGUUUGGUUUCAUCGUUUAAUGUGAACUCUUGUUCCUCGGCCGAUUUCCGAGCUUUCUGUCAAGUGUUGAGGUUUUUAAAGCCUCUUGCGAUGUUCUUCCUUCAUGUUGACCUCUAGCUCAUCAGUCGGGUCGAUUUCGAUUCCCUGUCCUAUCAUGUUCGCUUCGUGUUAUUAUUGCUAUAGCAGUCGCGUAUGUCGCUCGCUUGCUGUCUUCCGAUCGUUGAGACUGUCUACUGCCUUGCGUGCGCCCGCUGGGUGUGGAACAAGUGCCUCUAUACAGCCGGCUAUGAGAGUGAGAACUGGGGCCCGGCCACUGCUGAGGAAUUCGAGCCCGUGCCUCGGCUCUGCCGCUUCCUGCUAGCCUCCUACGAGGAGGACCUCCGGAACCCCAUCUGGGCCCCACCUGGUGGAUACGGGAUUGAUCCCGACUGCGUCAUCCUUCGCAAGGACCAUGAGCGCACCCAGGGCCAGGCCCCACCCUACUUUCUGUACUUGGACCAUGAUCACUCCGACAUAGUUUUGACCAUUCGAGGGCUUAACUUAGCUAGGGAGAGCGACUACGCGGUUCUACUAGAUAACAAGUUAGGGCAAGCGAAGUUAGAUGGAGGUUACGUGCAUAACGGGCUACUGAAGGCUGCCAAUUGGGUCUUUGAUGCGGAGAAGGAAGUUUUGCAGCAACUACUUGUGAGGUUUAAUGAAUAUACUCUUACUUUUGCCGGCCACUCCCUUGGGGCGGGAGUGGUCGCUCUGCUCACAAUUGUGGCCAUACAGAACCGAGAGAAGUUGGGAAACAUCGAUAGGAGGAGGAUCAGGUGCUUUGCGAUUGCUCCUGCUCGGUGCACAUCACUGAACUUGGCCGUCCGAUAUGCAGACGUGAUCAACUCGGUGGUUUUGCAGGACGAUUUUUUGCCUCGGACAACCACUGAUUUGGAAGACGUCUUCAAAUGCUUUUGCUGUUUACCGUGUUUGUUAUGCGUACUCUGCUUGAAGGAUACAUGCACUAUACAGGAGAACAAGCUUAGAGACCCAAGGCGACUCUAUGCUCCAGGGCGCCUCUACCACAUUGUUGAGCGAAAGCCAUUCAGGUUUGGAAGGUUUCCUCCUGUAGUGAAAACAGCUGUGCCUGUGGAUGGGAGAUUCGAGCAUAUGGCUCUCUCUUGCAAUGCGACUUCUGAUCACGCGGUCAUUUGGAUAGAGAGAGAAUCUCAAAGGGCUCUUGAAUUAAUGCUGGAGAGAGAGAAGGCAAUGGACAUACCUGCGAGCCAGAGAAUGGAGCGGCAGAAGUCCAUCGCCCGGGAGCACACCGAGGAGUACAAGGCAGCUCUUCAGAAGGCCGUGGAUUUGCAUAUCCCUUCUGUGUACCCUCCAUCCUCUUCCCAGUAUGGAACGUUUCAGGAAACCGAAGAAGGGGAGAACUCAAGCGGACUGAGUGGAGAGGCCUCUUCCCUGUCAUCCAAGAAGAGGACGCAGAGUUGGCAAGAAUUCAUGGAGCGGCUAUUUGACGUGGACGACUCGGGGCAGAUGGUGUUCAAGAAGCCAUAGAUUUGAUUCUUUCCGGCAAAACCUGAUUCUUUGAUUCAGAUUUUGUAAUUAAACCAGGUGCAAUGUUAAAUUGCAAUGGCACUCUCCGAUAGAUGGAAUGGGACAUUUAUGUAUAUCUAAUGCCCUAGUAAAAGUCUUUUUAUGAAAA